UCACCACAACAGUUGGCCUUUCGUUUCAGCACUCAGAGAGGCUGGCUAGAAAUGCAGCGGAGACGCCGGAAUUGGAUUCUGAAUGAGUAAACAUAUCACUCAAGGAAUCUAAGAGAAGAGGCCUGCAAGUUCUCAGGCAACCAAAAGCUGCCAUGAGAAUGAGGUGCUCCCCUAAUCUCUCAAAGGAAAAGAUCGCUCUUCGCUUUCGGGCUUUCGCGCUUCUCACGCGCAACGCCACGUAAUUUCAGGCAAAGCUGGCACAAAUGUAUGCUCGGAACCAGAGAGAGUGUUAUUGUAGCUCCAAAGGAAAAAAGAUCGGUGAGGAUAGAGGGUCCUCCAUGGGUACCCCUCGGAAGGAAUAAGGAUCAUAUCUCUUUUCAGUUGCUGGGAAGAUAGGGUCGUCAGGCUUUGAGUGUCGCUCCAGUGAUUCUAGAUUCGCCCUAUCUAUCUCUGCCUUAUAAGUCGAGGCUCCGCGCUAGAUCGACCUCGCACAUGAGAGGUAGUUCGGUUUCAGAAGCCAAGGUUGUCUCACUCCCACAGGACCAUAAUCCAAGUCUUUGGUUACUAGAAAUAGCGGCACCGGUAAAAGCUGCAGAGGAUCUUGUCGGUCAGGAAUGUGCAGCCUGCAAGCAGAACAUUGUCAGUACAUGGCAGAACCUGAACAGAUGUAUCAUCAGCAACAGCAGCAGCUCCAUAGUCAUCGGCAACACAUGUCCUCAAGGCCUAGCUUAUAUCCGGAGAAGAAAUUCCCCCUGAAAGGCCAAGGAGGGGCAGGAGGAGAUUCAGGGCUCAUCCUAUCAACGGAUGCGAAACCUCGGCUUAAAUGGACUCCUGAGCUGCAUGAGCGUUUUGCUGAUGCAGUGAGCCAGCUAGGAGGACCUGACAAAGCUACGCCGAAAGCAAUCAUGAGGGUCAUGGGAAUCCCGGGACUAACUCUUUACCAUCUUAAGAGCCACCUUCAGAAAUUCAGACUUGGCAAGAAUCUCCAAACUCAAGCUAAUACUGUCCAUGCAAAGAAUGUUUUAGGCUUUGCGGCAGUGACAGAUAAAUCAUGUGAAGGACAGGCAUCACAAGCUGAUCACCUGAACCGAGAGACGCAAACCAGCAAGUCUGUGCACAUAAGCGAAUCCCUCCAAAUGCAAAUUGAGGUUCAGAGACGACUGCAUGAGCAAAUAGAGGUACAAAGACACCUGCAGCUCCGGAUAGAAGCUCAAGGCAAGUACCUGCACUCCGUGCUGGAGAAGGCGCAGGAGGCGCUCGCGAAGCAGCACGUCGUCAACGGCCUCGCGGCGGUGCCAGAGGUAGCCUUUUCGGCGAGACGAUACCCUCUACAGAACGACGGAUCGGCCGACGGCAGCUGCUUGACAGCGUCCGAGGACAUCCUCUCCAUCGGUUUCUCGGCAGCCGGUGCUGAUGCCGCACGGAGAGGCUCCGCCGCGCCAUUCGAGGAGGAGGAGUGCUACCUGUUCCUAGGCAAGCCUGAGCGGCGGCGCCAAGAACGGAAGAGUGAGGUCACGACGAACGGGUGCGACGGUGGCGUGGCGUUCGAGACGGCGGCGGGGCUGGACCUGAGCAUUGGUGUCGUCGCGGACAGCAGGCGGCGACCGCGCGGCGGCGAGAGGAUUGACCUGAACGGAUCAGGAUGGAACUGAGAGAGAGGGCGAGAGGGAUGGUGCAUGUCACGAAGUUGUCCUAGCUUGCAUUGAACAUGAUCAUGCAGAGGUUCAGAAGCAGUGCCUUCAAAUAGAGAACAGCAGAACACGAUUGAUGUGGUCUGUAUGCAGCAGCUGUGUUUCCGUGGAUCAAAACCAACUAAUGGGAGUAGACUCAUUCCGAUUAGUUAGGUGUUCGUGUCCAUGAUUGAAGCCCUAGAUGAUUGAUGCAUGCAUGAACAAAACCAACUAAUGAGGACAACCCCACUUUGUAGAUUGUUUUUUUUCGAAAUAGGGGAAAUAUCGCCCCAUGCACACGGUUUUUUUAUUAGAUUAUUCACAACACCUUACAAGAGCAAUACAAAAGAUCAAACUCGAAGCCACCUCGCUAAACCUAUAGAGGGAUGAAGGGGGUGACAAUUCACCAACUCAUAUCAUCCAAAAA